AUUCUACACUGGUGAAGAAUAGUAGUGAUUCAGAACUCCUCUGCCAUGCUGAACACAUUUCACACAUAAAAGAGGAAUCCCCAUGUCUUGAAUCCACUCCCCAAGAAAAUCUAGAGAUAAGACGUAGUGCUUCCUCACACACCAAGGAAGAUCCCUCGCGUAUUGAACCUACUCUUCAAGAAAAUCUUGGGCCAAUAGCACAGGGUGCUUCUGGUUUAGAGUCUAAGUUUGGAUCUGAAACUCGUCAUGUACAAGAUGGAGAGCUACCUGAUAUUGACUGCCAGCUAAAAGAAGCUUUAACCCCAACCGUUGAGAGUGCUUUCUCACACACCAAAGGGGAUCCCUCACGUACUGAAUCCUCUCUUCAAUUUAAUAUUGGGCUAAUAGAACAGAUUGCUUCUGGUAGAAAUUGUGUUCAUUUGUGUGCGUCCUGACUAAACCAUUUUAACGUUAAUUUAAAAUUAACGUUUAAAAUAGAAAAUUUAUUGCAGGUUUAGAGUCUAAAUUUGGAUCUGAAAAUCAGUUCCUACACGAUGGAAAGCUAUUUGAUAUUCAGUGCCACUUGAUUAAAGCUUUCAUUCCAACCAUCAAGAGUGCAGGGUCACAACCUAAAUUUAAUGUUAACGUCGUGUACAUCGUAAAAAUGUCAUGGCAGGAACAGGUUCACAGGUUGAAUCCAAAGUGAGUGACAUUGAGUCAAUCAUCCAGCUAUUGGAGAGGCUGCAAAUAAACGAGCAAUGCCAGCAGAUAGUGCGGCAUAGAAAUCUUCAAGGUGCAAUACUUCCCUACCAAAAGAAAAUGGAUCCUCAGAAGAAACAAAAAGUACCCAAGGUAGAUCUGGAUCCAGAAACAAUCAGAAUGUGGAAUCUAUUGAUGGAGAAAGAUGCAAGUGAAUUGCCUAAGGAUACGGAGGAGGAGAAGAGAACAAAUUGGGAAGAGCAAAGGGAAUUGUUUCGUAAACGUGUGGAAGUAUUCAUUUCCUGCAUGCAUGUUAUUCAAGUAGCUGUUAAAGCAAAUGGCUGGUGCGUCCUUGAAUUGAGAAGAACCUAUUGUAAUUUAAGCAGGACUCCGGGAAUAAACUUGGAUGCUGUUGAUUGGGAUGCAGUUAGACGUGCUCCUGUUGAAGAAAUAGCAAAAAUUAUCGAGAGUAGAGGAAUGAAUAAUGUUCUUGCAGCAAAGAUUAAGGCCUUCCUCCAGCGGUUGGUUCAUGAUCAUGGAAGCAUUGACCUAGAGUGGCUAAAAGAUAUCCCUCCUGAUAAAGCCAAGGAAUUUUUAUUGAGCAUAAGAGGGGUGGGUUUGAAGAGUACCGAGUGUGUGCGGCUUUUGACGCUUGGUCAUCUUGCUUUUCCUGUCGAUACAAAUAUUGCUCGAAUAGCAGUGCGACUUGGAUGGGUCCCUUUGGAACCACUGCCUGGUGAUCUUCAGAUACAUUUACUAGAACAGUACCCCCAGAUGGAUGCCAUUCAAAAGUAUCUUUGGCCACGCCUUUGCUCAUUGGAUAAAAAUAUAUUGUAUGUAUUGCAUUACCAAUUAAUCACCUUCGGAAAGGUUAUCUGUACGAAGAAGAAUCCAAACUGUAAUGCGUGCCCAUUGAGAGCAGAGUGCAGACACUUAGCAAGCGCAUUUGCUAGGGGAGACAAUAGAAAUCUGCUCAAACUCAAGGUCACUCUAGAUAUAUACCUCAAGGCUACUGGGCAAGAGAUCAACCUUAACAAGAGCAGAUUCUACACAUCAAAGCACACAACCAGCUCCCAAAAUCAACACAUGGAGAAGGCUCUAGGAAUCAAAAGAGGGAACCUACCUUUUACCUAUCUGGGAGCUCCUAUCUUCCACACCAUUCCCAAAUCAAUCAUCCACACCCUCAACAGAUACAUGGCCAACUUUUUGUGGGGACAAAAGGAAGGAUCCCAUAAACACCACUGGGUUAGAUGGGCACAAAUAACAAAACCUGAGGUAGAGGGAGGGCUGGGGAUCAAAAGCUUAAAGGACCUACAACAAGCACACACCCUUAAACUUUGGUGGAAGGCAAGAAAUGACAUUGGGAUAUGGGGGCCCUAUGUGAGAGCCAGCUAUAUGAAAACAGGAAUCAUGAAGGAAAGGAUCACUGACUCUCCAACAUGGAAAAGGAUUUGCAGAUGUAAUGAUCUGGCAACAUCCCAUACCACCACCACUAGUUCAGGCUUGCUUUGGGAAGGAGGAAACUUCAGCCUCAAGAGUGCUUUCAACAUGGUCAAGGGAAGUGGGACAAACCUAUUAUCCUGUAAAUACAUUUGGCACAGCUCAAACAUCCCAAAAAUCAAGAUCUUCUUGUGGAGAACACUUUCCCUAAAAACCUAUGCCGUUUCACGGCAGCCCUUCCCAGUUCCUGUCCUCUUUGCCAUAAAGAUAACGAUGACAUUGAUCACUCCAUGCUCCACUGUCCAACUGCAAAAGAGGUAUCGAACUUCAUGGCUUCCAUUUCUAACGGCCCAAGGGUUAAGGAGAACACCACAUUACGUCAACAUCUUCUUGCAUGGUGGUUUGGUAGCAACACCAAACACUUCAGAGGAAACCUACGUCUCUUCUCCCCAGGCCUCUGCACUUGGUCCUUGUGGAAGGCACGUAACUCUUAUAUUCAUAACGCAGCUAAACCAAGAGUGGAGGGUAUUAUUAAAACAUGCCUCAAAACUCUCCAAGCUUGGGCAUGGAUAAACAGGAACAAAAAAUGGAUGGCUCAUGAUGACGACUUCAAAGGCAUGGGAUUAGAUUCCUUUUGGCGAAAUGGUCGUAGAAUUUUAUCCAAAUCCUUUGUAUAAGCUGGUUGUUUUCCUGCUGUAUUACCCUUCCGGGCAACUUGUAUCCU